CGAAGUAAAAUACUGGCAUUCAUUCAUAAUAAUUUAUAAUUUAUGUUGCCUAUUUAUUCUUAUUUAUCCUAAGGAAAUUUUACAUGACCCCUAGAAUGAUAAGUGGUGUCAACAUGUUUGAUUUCAUUGCACUAUUUGCCAAAAACAGGGCUUUUGAAACAGCUUUCACCACCUAGCUAUUCUUCUUAAUGCAACCAAAGCAUUUGGCUCUAAGCUAUCUAAGGGUGGUCAUUUGGAAUCGACAGUGAAUCAGGCAGUGUGUGAAAUAUGUGCGAUUCUUGGCAAUCUUUAAGUGGACCGAGUACACAGUGUGUUUAAGUGUAUGAUUCUCUGUAAACUCUUAAGUUGACACAACUUUUCAGUGGAUUAUAAGACUAUGCAAUGUGUGUUAGUAAAUACUCGUGACGAAAUAUUACUGGGAUGACUGGGACGAUUGUUGUUACAAAUAAUGCAAUUGUUAUGGAGGACACCCCAUUUUAUGGUAUUUUGCAACUUGCAGAUAAAAAGGUGUUAUCUACAGAUAUGUUUUCAGCAUAUGAUCUGCAGCUAUUUUCUUUAUUUCUUGAAGUUGAGUGUUUCAUAAUUGUCGACCAAUGUCUACUUAUUAUCUUAUGUUAUAUUAUACAUGUAUAAAAUUUGUUGACACAAUAUUUUUAGAUAUGCUAUAGUCUCAAAGAAUGCUGCUACAUUCUAGCACUUGUGAUCUUUCAGGAAGAAUGCCUCGGCGUAAGAAAUUGACGAAGUUGAAUGCCUGGAAGGCAAAGCAGGAAACAAAGAAACCAGCUGAUGAGCAGAAAUUGGAGGUAACAGUGCAGGAGCCAACAGAUGACCCGGAAGUACAGCAGAUAAAGAAGAUUGUGCUCAUGACACACUGCAGAAGAGAAGCAGAGCUUGGUCCACGACAAACUGAAUGUGGAAGAAGCAGACAGACUUGAUCCCAACCAGCCAGAAAAGGACAUUCAGAUAUAGAUCGCAGCCGAUUCUAAAAAGAUGUAUACAUUUUAAGAGAAUUGUAAUUUUUCUGCGAACAAGAUUUAGUAUGUAGUUUGCUAUUUUCCGGAUUAACUUUUAACAAUGUAAAAACUUAAGCUCAAAUUACAUUGUAUUUACAUAAAGUCAAUCAGAUUGUGAGAGCAGACAAAUGUAAAAUUGCAAUUUUGUGAAUUACAACAAAGUAAACCUGUAAAAAUUGAAA